CAUGUUACCUGUAGACAAUGGCCCAGAGUGUAUUUUCGAUACCUUUGGAAUUGGAUUUGGUUUCACUUGGAUCUAUUAAGGACAGGGUGUGAAAGUGCAUUGGGUCUCAGGGCAUGAACGGCGCGGAGGACCUUAGAAAGACCAAGAGAGGACUGAGUGAAAGUAUAAACUGUACAGAAGGCACUAGAGAUGACUGCUACCAACCUCCAGCAGAACGCAGGUCAAAGGCACAUCAGUGCCAAAGAGGAGAGGAAGCUACGGAAACCCCUCAUUGAGAGAAAGAGGAGAGAGAGAAUAAAUCACUGUCUGGAUCAACUGAGAGAGACUGUAGUUGGAGCAUUCAGGCUUGAUCAAUCUAAGUUGGAGAAGGCAGAUAUUCUGGAGAUGACGGUGAAACAUUUGCAGAAUAUCCAGAGCAAUAUGGCAUCUGAUCCCAUGCUGGAUGCCGAGACCCAACAGAGGUACAGUACUGGGUACAUCCAGUGCAUGCAGGAAGUUCACAAUCUUCUACUCUCCUGUGACUGGAUGGACAAAACCCUGGGGUCCCGCCUUCUCAACCACUUGCUCAAAUCUCUCCCGAGAUCAGCCAACGACUGCCCUCAGCAACCCAAGAACUGCCUGACAAGUAUUUCUUCUAACCAUAGUGAAACUGUUGGUUUCCAUGCCGAUGAGUUGGAGAGCCCAAGAACCUGCCCUCCUUCUCCUGUCCUGCACGGGAGGGCCGCCCCACCUCCGCAGAGUCCCAUUCUUGACAUGUGGAGGCCCUGGUGAAAUAUCUGUCUGUGUGUAUGUUUAUAUAAUAUAUGUCUUACUGAAUGUAUCUACAGUAAGUAUGCUGCCAGUCUGAGUGUGGAUGUGCAUUGGUGUGCGUUCACACACAGUUCAUGGGGGUGUAUGUACACCCAGUGUGGCUGUCUGUGGUAGAGCCUCCUCUGAUAUGUAUCUUAUAGAUAUGCUUCUUUGCAAGCGUGUGUGAGGCGGAUCUAGUCCAGAAUAGCUCUCAUUUUAGACCCUGUCUAAUUCCUCUCUGAAGUAAAACUACUGUAGCCUGCAUUGUAGAAGGCCCCUAAUAAUCACCUUAUUUAACACUAUAUAUUAUUUAAUAUUAAAAAUAUUCUUUAGCUACUAAUAUGAAUAAAUGAACGUUACACUUAUAUAGUGUUUUUCUGACACUACACUCAAAACGCUUUACAUAGUGAACAGGGGUUUCUCCUCAACCAUCCACCUGGAUGAUGCGACGGCAGCCAUAGUGCACCAGUAUGCUCACCUCACACUAGCUAUUGGUGGAGAGGCGAGAGUGGAGUGAUAGAGCCAAUUAAUGGAUGGGGAUAAUUAGGAGGCCAUGAUUGAUAAGGGCCAAUGGGGGGAAUUUGGCCAGAACACCGGGGUUACACCUCUACUCUUUUCGAGAAGUGUCCUGGGUUUUGAUGACCACAGAGGGUCAGGACCUCAGUUUAACGUCUCAUCCGAAGGACGAAGGUGCCUUUUUACAGUAUAGUGUCCCCGUCACUGUACUGGUGCAUUAGGACCUACACAGUCUGCAGUGUGAGCACCCCCUGCUGGACUCCCUAAUACCUCUUCCAGCAGCAACCUUAGCUUAAUAUUGUAUAGCUUUUCAUUUCCUAUCAUUUUCUAUGUACACCAUUAUUAAUAAAGGAGUGU